CCCGUGGGGAAGAAAAAAAAAAGAAAAGGAAAAAAAAAGGACAUGUAUACAGUGAUUGUCAUUAUUAUUUCGUUAUUUUCAAAGUAGGGCAUCAUAAGAAUCUGUGUGGCACAUUCAUUAAAGUAAGAAAAUCCAUGCAAGUUACGUUCCGGAAGAUAUUAUUUAUGAAACCCCAAUAUAUGGACCCUAUUCCCUUCUCUAUAUGUGCUGUUGAAUACUGCUACCUCUCAUGGCUUCCUUCAUUCCAAAACCGCUUCUGCUUUUCUCCAUAAUACUACUAAUCUUUUGCACAAGCACUUCUUCUGCUCUUCAAAACCAUUCAUCUUCCUCCACAAACACUUCAAUGGAUGCCCAUUUGUCUUCCAUUAGAUCAAUCUGCAAGACAACUCCAUAUCCGGAAGCUUGCUUUGAUUCACUAAAGCUCUCUAUUUCCAUAAAUAUCAGCCCCAACAUCCUCACCUACCUCCUCCAAGCCCUACAAAGCGCAAUAUCCGAAGCCGGAAAACUCUCCGGCCUUUUAUCAACCGCCGGACAGGGAAACAACAUAGUUGAGAAACAAAGGGGAGCAAUCAAAGACUGCAAGGACCUCCACCAAAUCACGGUGACAUCUUUACAGAGAACGGUUUCUCGAAUCAAAUCGGCGAAUUCGCGGAAAAUAGACGACGCGAGGGCUUAUCUCAGCGCGGCUCUCACCAACAAGAACACGUGCUUGGAAGGCCUAGAUUCGGCUUCCGGUCCUCUGAAGCCGACCCUAGUGAAUUCUUUAACUGGUACAUACAAGCACGUGAGCAAUUCACUCUCCAUGCUCUCCAAACCGGGUGCCCCACAAGGGCGUAACAACCGGCGGCUCAUGGCGUUUCCGCCGUGGCUUUCGAGGAAAUCUCGGCGGAUCUUGCAGAGCUCCGGCGACGAAUACGACCCCAGCGAAGUGCUCACCGUGGCGCAAGACGGGACAGGGAACUUCACCACCAUCACGGACGCCGUAAAUUUUGCUCCGAAUAACAGCUAUGACAGAGUGAUUAUCAAUGUGAAACAAGGGGUUUAUGAGGAGAACGUGGAGAUCCCAAGCAACAAGCCCAACAUUGUUAUCCUAGGAGAUGGAAGCAACGUUACCGUUAUUACCGGUAACAGAAGUGUCGGUGGUGGAUGGACCACUUUCAGAUCUGCUACUCUUGCGGUUUCCGGAGAAGGCUUCUUAGCCCGAGAUAUAACUGUCGAAAACAGCGCAGGCCCAAAAAACCAGCAAGCCGUGGCUCUCCGGGUCAACGCGGACUUCGCCGCAAUGUACAGGUGCACAUUCAACGGCAACCAAGACACGCUCUACGUCCACUCCUUCCGCCAAUUCUACCGCGAAUGCGACAUCUACGGGACCAUCGACUUCAUCUUCGGCAACGCGGCGGUGAUAUUCCAAGCCUCCGACAUCGUCUCCACAAUGCCGAUGCCGGGGCAAUUCACCGUCGUGACGGCACAAUCCCGUGACACCCCGGACGAGGACACGGGAAUUUCAAUACAGAACUGCUCGAUCCUGGCUACGGACGAGCUAUAUGCCAACGCAGGCAGCGUCAAGAGCUACCUGGGUAGGCCGUGGAGAGUGUACUCAAGGACGGUGGUUUUGGAGUCUUAUGUUGACGACUUCAUUGAGCCGUCUGGGUGGACAAAGUGGUCCGGAGAUGAGGGAUUGGACACUUUGUACUAUGGGGAGUACAACAACUAUGGGCCCGGUUCGAGCACGGAGAAUAGAGUCGAUUGGUUGGGUUAUCACGUCAUGGAUUACAGUGAUGCGUCGAAUUUUACUGCGUCGGAGUUUAUCACUGGGUAUGCUUGGUUGGAGUCCACUUCUUUUCCUUAUGAUGAUGGGAUUUAGGGCUCGUUCUGUAGAGCUCUCAAUGAGAAAUUUGCUAGAUGAGUGUAAAAAAAAUGCUUGGAACCAUAUCGAUUCAAAUCUGCAAAACUCAAGGGGGGGAGAAGAUUCUCAUUUUUAGGUUUGGGAUGGUUUUAAAUGUAGUCUCGAUCUAAAUAUGUUUUUUAGAGUCUCAAAUGAAUAUAUUAUUGAGCCUGUAAGUUCAAACUCGCAGAACCUCUUACCAAACAUAGCUUUAAAGUUACGUACUUUUUGAAUAAAUGCUAAGUUAGGUGAGGUUUGUUUUCACCGAUUGUGUGUAAAAUGUAAGCCCUUUGUAAUAAUUGUGAGGAUCCGAAGA